AUGCUGAGCGUGGCGGACGUCGACCUGCUCUCCGAAGCGUCCGUCGCGGUCAUGCCCGGCAUGAAGGUCGGCCUCGUCGGCGGCAACGGCUGCGGAAAAUCCACCCUCCUCAAGUGCAUCGCCGGUCGCAGAAGCGUCCAGGACGGCGAGAUCGCCAUCGCCAAGGAGCUCGAGGUGGGAUACUUCGAGCAGACCGCGGUGAGCGGCUCGCAGAAGACGGUGUACGAGGAGGCGCGAUCACAGAUGACGAGAAUCAACGCCGCCAAGGCGGCUCUGGAGGCGGCCGAGAGGGCGUGCGAGUCCAGCGACGACGUGGAGGCGUGCAAAGCCGCGGACCAGCUCAUGGACGCGCUCGCGGAGUUCGAAGUGGCGGGCGGGUACGAGGCUGAGAAGCGCAUCGCCGGAGUGUUGGACGGCCUCGGAUUCGCGAGGUCGCAGUGGGAGGUGCGAUGCGACGACCUCUCGGGAGGUUGGCAGAUGCGCGUGGCGCUCGCGAGGCUCCUGCUCUCGCCGGCGGGCAGCGGCGAGAAGGGCUUGCUGCUGCUGGACGAGCCCACGAACCACCUGGACGAGGCUUCGAAGCGGUGGCUGGCGAACUGGAUCAAGUCUAGCCCGUGCACGACGAUCAUCGUGUCCCACGAGCAGGAGCUCCUCGACGGCGCGUGCUCUCACAUGGCGGAGGUUCGAGGCCGCGGCCUGCACUGGUACACGGGAAACUUCACCAAAUUUUUGGAGGACAGGGACGAGCGCAUCGUGCUCGCCAAGGCGACGUACGAGAAGCAACUCGCGGAGGAGGCGGAGCUGAAGGAUUUCAUCCGCAGGUUCAGCGCCAACGCGAGCAAAUCCACGCAGGCGCAGAGCCGCCAGAAGCUUCUGGAUAAGCUCCAGAAGGAGAUGCGCCUGACCGUCAGCGCCGCGACGGUGACCACCACCGACGGCGCCGCGGGAGACGCGAGCAAGAUGAACCUUCGGCUCGCGAAGCCGCCACCGUCGAACGUCGUGCAGCUGCGGAUGAAGGACGCCGUGUUGGGAUACGACGCGUCCGCGCCCAUCCUCAAAGGUUCGCUCGAGCUCGAGCGGGACAUGCGCGUCAUCGUCCUCGGACCGAACGGCGCCGGCAAGUCCACGCUGCUCAAGACCAUCUCCGGUGUGAUGCCGCUCAUCGGCGGCGAACGGGAAAUCACCGACGAUCGCGUCAAGCUGGGCGUCUUCUCGCAGGACCUCGCGCAGUAUCUUCCCAAGGAGAAGACGUGCCUCGAGUACGUCCUCGACGUCGCGCGCGAGGAGGACCCGCUCAUGAAGGAGGAGCAGGGCCGCGCGUCGCUCGGCGCGCUGGGCAUCACCGGCACGAUGGCGCUUCGCAAGAUUGGGUCGUUAUCCGGCGGCGAAAAGGCUCGCGUCGCGCUCGCCGCGUUUGUGCUUCAGCCCCGAAACUGUUUGCUGCUCGACGAGCCCUCGAACCACCUCGACGUCGGGGCGGUGCGGGCGCUGACGGAUGGUCUGCAAGGAUGGAACGGGUGCCUGUUCGCGGUGAGCCACAACAAGGCGUUCUGCGAGUCUCUCAACCCGACGCACGUGAUUCGCGUUAAAAACGGGGAGUUUCGCAUGGAGAACUGCUACGGGCUCACGGAUGCCGACUUUGAGCACGAGGAACAGACGGGCGACGCGACCGCGAUGGCCGCCGCCGCGGCGGCCAUCGCGGCCGCCACCGAGGGGAUCGCCGAUGAGGCGAUGACCCCCGCGCGUUAG